GCUGCCGGACCUGCUGAGUUUUUCCAGGUCAUUCCUUUCCAGCUUGGAUGUUCAGUUAAAGUCAUGGAAUUUGCAUACAGCCACAUUGUGUACAAUUCGCAAAACACACCUUCUCCAAAUCACAGAAACAGAGAGCGCAGACAAUGGCAUGAUGGACCAGCUUCUAUUUCAGAUUCUGUUGAAAAUCAAUCAUAUUCAAGUACAAACUUCAGACCACCACCAAUACAGGCCCGAGGCAGUGUUCAUCAAUAUGACAACCGUUUUCUGAAAUCACCUUUGGAUGUGAAUAACUGUCUGUACGCCACCGUGCCAAAAUCUUCACACACUGGGAGCCGAGCAAAACUUCCAAUACCUCCCGCCAGAACUCAAAAAUCAAUGACAAGAGAUGAUGAAGACAGCCAUGCUCCUCCUCUGCCCCCACGCCCCAAUUCUCUCACCACCCGUCAGCUCUCCGCAGCUCUGCCAGGUACGCUGAACUCACGCCCUCAGGUCCCUCCACCAAGGCCCAAGCGUGCUAUUCAAGCCCCUAAGAACUCCAGUUCUCCCAAGAGUAAGAAAGCCAAUAUAAACGUGGUCUCUGUUAACCUGGGAAAGUUGGUAGACAUCAGUGAUGAGCGAGCCCAGACUGUGAAAGCCAUCUACUGCCAGAAGUGUUCAGCAGCUUUGUCCAGCAUUAGCCGGAUUCACCAGAAAUAUGCAGACAUAAUAUGGCCUUGCGAAUUCUGUAAUAUGCACAAUGUGGUCACUCGAUCCUUCAGUACAAUACCCAACAGUCAAGAUGUCACGUAUAUCUCAGGAUCUGUCAAUGAAGAUUAUAUGAAUGUGGACGACUCUUUGGUUGUCUUCUGUGUGGACAUUUCAGGAAGCAUGUGUGCAACCAAUGAGAUUGAGGUUGCUGAUGAAGGAUCCAGAACAGUUCAUAUAUCAAGACUGCAGAGUGUCCAAGAAGCCAUCUUGAGAUCUUUGAAUCACAUAACACAAACCAGUCCUCAAAAGCGAGUUGCCUUGGUUACAUUUAAUGAUGAGGUGACAAUCUAUGGGGAUGGUAUGUGUGAGCCUGCAAAACUGAGUGAUUAUCAGCUAUUGGAUUCUGACUAUUUAACGACAAGAGGGAGCGAGUAUCCUGUCCCACGAUGCAUUGCAGAAAGCCUUCACGCACUAAAUUACCGGGUCCAUGGAAUGCGAGAACAAGGUGCAACUGCCCUGGGACCAGCUGCACUCGUAUCAGUAGCAAUAGCGUCAAAGAAACCUGGGUCAAAGGUAAUCAUCUGCACAGACGGGAGGGCAAACACGGGCCUCGGAUACCUGGAAAGCGUGGAGGAAGAUGUGUACAAGUGUUCCAGAGAGUUUUACAAUAAUGUAGGACAGCAGGCAACUUUAAAUGGGGUGAUUGUAUCGGUUCUGACAAUAGAGGGCACAGACUGUCGACUGGCAGAGCUUGGGAAACUGGCUGAUCAGACAGGAGGAAGGGUCAACAUUGUUGAUCCAGUUAAUUUACCGAAAGAGAUUCAGGCCACUUUGGAGGAUGACGUAAUUGCAACCGAUGCCACUGUCACCUUUGUGGUCCCUGAACAGAUGUAUUUUGGAUACGAGGAAGAAGCAGGGAAUAAGUUUGUGAAACAGGUUGGUAAUGUGACCAAAGAUACGGAGCUGACAUUUGAAUUUGGAAUAAAGGAAUCUCACAUCCAAACUCUCCAGGAGAUCAAGAAGUUGCCCUUUCAGCUGCAGGUCAGCUUCACCACUCAGGAUAACAGACAGGCCUGUCGAGUCAUCAGUCAGGAGAAACACAUCACAAACAACAGCUCUUUGGUUGAGGACAGUGUGAACAUAACUGUGCUGGGAAUACACGCUGCACAACUCAGUGGUCGACUGACAAUGGAGGGUCGAGUGAAAGAAGCAUGCAGGGAGGUGGAGGCACAAAAGGAGCUCAUCCAAAAGAUUGUUGAAAAGAAAAAUAACCCGGAAGAGGAAGACAUCUAUCAGAACUGGUUGCGUUCUGUGGCAGUUGUAUGUGAAGACUUGACAAUCUCUGAGGAGGCAGAAAAUACAGCAAAAGCAAAAAAUGAAACAGAAAACAGUGACUCUGUUUUCAAGGUGUUAUCCGAUGAGGUUGCAAAUGUGGUUUAUCGUCUGAAAAACGCAAAGAGCAAAAUGCUGAAGAAGCCAGUACCUAAACCAAAACCUACUCUGGUGCCAAUGCUUUGAAUACAAGUCAAUUAGAGUGGGAGAUCAUCUAAAUGUUUGUAAUGUAAACUGUGUAAUUUGUUUCAUCUAUUUGUAUUUUACAAAAUAUAGCCAUUGUGAAAAUAAAUUAUGUUUUGGAAAAAAAA